UCAAACUAAAAGAGAGGAGUUUUAGACUGGAUGUAAGGAAAAUGUUUUUUUCACUAAGGGCAGCGAGGCUCUGGAAGCAGUUGCCCGGUGGGCGUCCCUUCCCUGGACCAAGGUCAGGGGACGGGGCUCCUGGUCAGCUGUAGGCAUCCCUGCUCACUGCAGGUGGACCAGGUGUCCUUUGAGGAUCCCUUCCAACUCAGAUGUUCUAUGGCUCUGUGAUUCUGAGUUCAUGCUGCGGCCAGGCGUGUCCCCAGGUUUAACCACAAGUCUCCAACAUCCGUGCUUGUAACAGCACGCCGAUGUUUGAAAUCGUGGCACUGCUGUCAGAUUGUCGCCACCCAAGUGGAGGUGCAGGGUUUAAAUUACUCAAAGCCAAAAGGCAUGCUUAGGGUUUCCAGGUACGAACUUAGGGAAAAGGAAACAAUAUUAGACCGACUCAAUGACAUUCAGAAGAAGUAGAUUAUUUCUGGAGCUUCUGUCACAACUGCAAGGAAGAUGAGUCCCCUUUUAUUAACCAGUACCUUGUUUACAGAAUCAUAGAAUGGCUUAGGUUGGAAAGGCCCUUACAGCCCCAAGCCCUGCCAUGGGCUGGUUGCCCCACCAGCUCCCAUCCAUGGCCUGCUGGGGAUGGGGCACCCACAGCUCUGUGCAGCCUGGGCCAGCAUCUCACUGCCCUCUGAGUGAAGAGUUUCUUCCUAAUAUCUCACCUGCCAAAUAAUAUAGCAUAAGAUUGUGAUAUAGAUCUUCUAUAAGAAUAACCUGCCUAAAGCGUUUCUUCCCCUUCCCAGGAAUUCUGUAAGUUUUUCUUCUCAUCUCGUUACAAUUUCCAAACUCGUUAUUCCAGGCAAUCCACUGGGGAUGCUGCUGGAUGCACACCAAGGCUGGUCCCUCGACUCUGGGAAGCUUGGACAAUGAUUUGCACAACUGCUAUGGACAGACACGAUGUUUUCUGAGUACCUGUGUUUUCCAGGCCCUUUUCUGAUCUCCUUCCAAAGACCUUUGCCCUAGUUCAGUCAACAACAGCUGCUGAAAAGCUCCUCCCCAAGGGAGGAGAAAAGACAGGGUUCAUUUUCAAGAAUAAUACAACAACGUUAGAAGAAAACAUGAUGCAGUGAAGGUGAUAGCUGUCAGCAUGACGUGCUGAAGCUUUGCAGUCAUGUUUAUUUUGGCUUUGUGCAGACUUGGUGCUACCUGCAGGCUGCGUCACGGCUGGGACAGGUGCCAAGCCUGCAGUUUUAGAGGAUUCAGCACAACGGCAGGGCAAGGCCAGCAGGUCAGCCUGCAGGAGAAGCAAGUGGGAGCAGACCUGGAAAUGCCUGUUGCAAGAAGAGAAGCUGAGACCCUCUUCCAAGAGCGGCCUGAGCCCGGGAACCAGUAUUUGGAGGAUGCUUUGCUUCGGAGUUACCUGGAGGCACACCUUCCUCCCAAGGUACUGGAGGAGGUGAACCAGGAGCUGGAGGGGUUUGGAAACCGUCUGCUAACCAAGAUCAGACCUCUAGGAUGGGAAUGUGAGUUGAAUCCCCCUGUAUUUCGGCAGUACGAUGCCUGGGGGCAGCGGGUGGAUCACAUUGUCACCUGCUCAGCCUGGAAGAGGAUGAAAGAGAUUGCAGCAGAAGAGGGGCUGAUUGCUGAGGCCUACGAGAGAAGAUACUCCAACUGGAGCCGUGUGCACCAGGCUGUCAAACUGUACUUGUUUUCGACCGCCUCUGGGGGUUUCAACUGUCCGCUGGCCAUGACUGAUGGAGCAGCCAAAGUCAUUGAGUCACUGGGUGUUCCUGCAUCUCUGAAAAAUGCUUUUGACCAUCUGACAUCUCGUGACCCCAGGAAGUUCUGGACCUCUGGCCAGUGGAUGACUGAGCGCCGGGGGGGCUCUGAUGUUGCUAACGGCACAGAGACCGUGGCCAGAAAGCAGCCAGAUGGCACAUAUCAUCUCCAUGGUUUUAAAUGGUUUACAUCAGCAGCUGAUUCUGAUAUGGCAUUAACCCUAGCCAGGAUAGAGGAUGCUGAAGGACAUGUAAAACAGGGCUCCGGCGGGCUGUCCCUGUUCUUCCUGAGGGUUCAAGAUGAGGAGGAAAAGCUGAAUGGUAUCCAAGUGCAAAGACUGAAAGAUAAGUUGGGCACACGGCAGAUGGCAACAGCAGAGCUGUGGCUAAAUGGAGCUAAAGCAGAGCUGAUCUCUGCAGAAGGUCGUGGAGUGGCCUCCAUCUCCAACAUGCUGAACAUAACUCGGAUCCACAACGUCAUUGGUGCAGUAGCUUCCAUGAGAAGGAUGAUCAGUCUGAGCAGGCAGUAUGCCCUUAAGCGGGUUGUCUUCGGGAAGCUCCUCAAAGACCAUCCCCUGCACAUGCAGACAAUAGCCCGGAUGGAGGUGCAGACACGAGGGGCUUUUCUUCUGCUUAUGGAGAUGGCUCGGCUGCUUGGACUUGCAGAAACCAACAUGGCAAGCGAGCAGGACCAGCUUCUCUUGAGACUGCUUGUGCCAGUUGCCAAACUAUACACGGGGAAGCAGGCUUCUGCCAUUGCUAUUGAGGCAAUGGAGUCUUUUGGAGGACAAGGUUACAUGGAGGAUACAGGCUUGCCAGUCAUAGUUCGUGAUACUCUGGUGCUGUCCAUAUGGGAAGGAACAACGAAUGUCCUAUCUCUUGAUGUCCUGAGGUCCCUCACCAAGAGUCAGGGGCAGGUGAUGGCCGUGUUCUUCUCCACAGUGCAGAACAAACUGGAGUUGGCUUCGAGCAGCGCAGAGCUGCAGCCCGCAGUGCAGUGGGUGCAGGAUGCUGCCGGCCGCCUCGCACGGUUCUGCCAAGGAGCUGCUUCAGAAGGGGCAGUGCCCAUGGAGCUGGCAGCAAGAGACUUCUCCUACUCCCUAGCAAGGAUCUACGCAGGAGCUCUGCUCAUUGAGCACGCGGCUCGGCCCGGCUCCUCCUGCGUUGAUGUCUGUGCUGCUCAGAGGUGGUGCAGGCAGGAACUCUGCCCCGUGGCUGCAGAGCUGGGGAAUGGCAGCUACAGCGCCGAGGAAUCGUCCCUGGACAGCGCCCUGGUGUACGCCGGCAGCCCCGCAGGCUGUGACUCAGACAGGUAACAGGGAGACGCUCAGGGACCUCUGCAGAUGCAGAGUGCAGGACGUUGUGUUGCAUCCGAGGCGGGCUGCAGGGAGCACGGUGAGCUCCUGAUGCGGGUUGGUGCUGAACAGAAGUAUUUCCAUCUCCAGGGCAGCAGUAGCUGGGUCUGCACAAGUGUUCAGAUCCAGAGCACUGGUGCAGCUUUGAAAUAACAUCAGCCCCACUUAUAGAAUCAUGAAGGUUGGAAAGGACCACUAAGAUCUCCAAGCCCAACCCCCGCCCACUGGUUGUGUCCCUCAGCACCACAUCCCCAAUGGUUCCUCAACACCUCCAGGAAUGGUGACCCCCCCACUCCCUGGGCAGCCUCUGCCACUGCAUCACCACUCUUGGAGAAGAAAUUGUUCCUAAUAUCCACCCCGAACCUCCCAUGGUGCAACGUGAGGCCACCACCUCUCGUCCUAUUGCUGUUAUCCAGGAGCAGAGGCCGAUCCCCACCUCACCACAACCUCCUUUCAGGAGCUGCAGCAAUAAUGUCUCCCCUGAGCCUUUUUUUCUUUAGACUGAGCCAUCCCAGCUCCCUCACUCCCUGUAAGAACUCAAUGCAUCCAGACCCUGCACAGCCUCACAGUCCUUCUCAGGACACACUUCAAGGUCCCAGCGUGUUCCCUGCAGGGCCUUCCUGCCCUCAGGCAGAUCUGUACUUCCUCCCAGCAUGGUGUCACCUCCAGACUUCCUGAUGGUCUCGCAAUCCCCUCAUGCAGAUCAUCAAGGUGUCAAACAGAGCCAGCCCAAACCUGCCACACGCUGGCUCGGUUUGCUGAGCGCUUUGAUCAGAAGCCAGCGCUGUUCCUUAGGCUCUAUGGCCGUGCAGGAAGCAGUCCCAGAGCCACCUCAGGGAGCUGCAGGCACGAUGCUGCAAUCAGGGCACACAGCAGAGCCCUCUGAACCAAACCCAUCUCUGCACCACCUGGUGCUGAGUUUCUGCCGGUGCAGAUGCAGCCAGUGGGAGAUGUUGGGAUGCUCUUACUGUGUUUUAGGCAAAUGCUGAGUGAUCCAGUCAUUAUCAGAUGCAGACAAUGACUUGAAGCAGCAGCUCUCUGAGUACUGACGUUCCUUAUAAAGAAAAGCAAUGAAAAACUGAAAUUAUUUAGAUUUAUAAGAGAAAACCUUUGUUUUUUCUCAUUCACAGAGCUGCUCUCCAGUGCUGCCUGUGCUCUGAUGGCGUUUUCUUGGUGGUGCCUCCACAGGAGCUGCAGCCAUGGCUCACGCUGCCCAACUCAGCACCUGGAUGAAACGUCUUUCUGACCAGAAGUUGCUCACCUCACUGCCCACCUGCCAUCACAGAACCCAUCAGUGGUCACUGCUUGGUUAAGUCGUGCUUUUGGUUCUUUCUUUCUCCCCUGUCCCAGUGCAGCUCUGCUGUACUUAAAGAUCACCCAAAGCUUUGCUGCAGUGCUCCUUGUUGGACGCCUCCUCCCUGCUCACUCAGCUCCACGGGCAGCAGAGAUGGGCAACAAAAAGUCACCCACUGCGCAUCAAAGGCAGCACUGCUGCCCAGUGCUGCUCUGUAACAGCCUGGGAGGAAAUAAAUCACAUCCACCACAUCACUCAAAUUCCACCAAGGCUGGACAUGUCAGUACUGAUAUUAAAGAAAAAUAAUUUCUGACCUCCAGAAAGCUUAUUCAUUUCCUAUGUGUGUCACAGCGAUGCUGCAAUUGAUGCUGACAUCAGUUCUGACGCAAGUUUGAGACUGGAAUCCCACACUGCUCCACCAAAGCAAACACCUGGCUGAGUGCUGCGUGCUGCCGCUCAGCUCAGCCUCACCUGCGUGCUGUGCCCCACCAACCAGCAGGAAACAGCUCUGCAGUCACUGCUCCUCCAGCACAGCCGGGGCUGCGCUCAGUGCUCCUGAGGUGGCACAGCACAGGGCUCCCAGCUGCUGGGAUGAGCUGCACAGAAGCACUGAGGAGCGACUCGUGUACAAAAGGAGCUCCAUAAAAUCAGAUCCUGGCGUGUAAUCGAAAACCCGCUGCUCCUCUGCAUGUUUGUAACAGCGCACAACCUUAAAGUUGCUUUAUUUCAUUCUUCAAACUGUAAAUACCAGCCCCAGCCGUGAGGUCACCCAGCACGCAGGGUUGUGUGAGAGCAAAGCAAUGAUCCUGCAGGGGGGGAAGUGGAAAAUCCCCUCUUCCAAAGGCAAGAGAGGCAGCACGCUCUGAAGGAGGGGCUGAGUUACAGGGGGAGAAAACCAAGAAACCAAAGGAGGCUGACUCUCCCCAGCCCUGCUGCCCCAGCACUGCACUGCUGUGUGUCCUCCCCUGCUGCUGCCCCGCUGGAGGGCAGGAAGGAAAGGUAAAGAACUGGAACGUGUGUUAGCGAAUGCUCCCAUGCAAAAAUGCUAAACUUUAUUCACUUUUAUUUAUAUAUUUAACAAUUCUAAAGUAUUUACUUCUCGCUUUGACAAAAAUGAAAAAUAUAGGAGCACUUUACUCUCUGUAGGAGAGACAGGUUAUAUGUACAGCUAUGGAGAGAUACUGCUUCCUCCUUUACAUACAAAGAAAAAAUAAUAUUAAUAAAAAAGUGCUUCGUCGAUCAAAAAAAGACUAAGAGCUGCAAGCAUUUAUUCACACUGUACAUCACAGAGCCCAGAAACCCGUAUCAAACCUCUUGGCACCUGUCCUUACAACUGCAGAACCCCACGCGUGUUUCUGACGCACCGCACACCGCUGUUGUCUCACAGCCUCUGCUUCACAUCCAACUGCAGCACCCACAGCUCUGCCCGCACAUCGCUGCGUUGGUUCAGGAGAAAACAGAUAAAAACUCCAUGGGAGAACCCAGCUUUUUCUUUGCUUUUCUCUCCUGCUGCUCCCAGGCCCCUUCCCUGUGCCAGCACAGCCCCCACGCCUUCAUUUCUGUCCAUGCAGCCUCAGCUCAGAGCACAGCAGUGCCGGCACGGGAAGUUCUGUGUCAUUUUUUUCCCCACCAGACUUAAUGAGAUGGUCUCUGUCUGACACUGCAGACCACGAUUGUGACGCUGCAGGGAAGGGCAGUGCUCCCUUCCCAACGAUUGUUCGUUAUUUCUUUCAGCUCUCAGAUACUCAACAGGAUUGUUCUGUCCUACAGAACAGUGCAGGAGAUGUAAGCCUGGCCAGGCAGCGUGCUGCAGAGCAUGACAUGACCAGAUGCAUCCUCCUGCCCAGCUGCACUGAGCAACACUGCUCUAUCAAAAGGGAGAAGGGGCCGAGGACCUACCACUCAGUUAAAAACAUAUAUUGAAGAGAUCCACACUUUAUUGAGGUGACUCGGAAAGCAACUCAGGCUGGGGCAGAAGGAAGGAGGGGAA